CCCAAGUCGCAAAAUACAAUAAGCUACAGUUCUGCUAUUGGAAGCCUCGUUUGCUUUCAAUCGAACAUGGCGAGGUCUUUGGUGCUGCCACUAGUGCUGGUGCUCGCCUUCCUCGGGCUGGCGCUAGCAGGACGCAGCCUUGAGCCUGCGGCUCGCCGCAACAUGCUGGCUGGCUCCCUGACGCCGAGUGGCUGGGCCCACGCGCUGCGUGUCAAGGGCGGCAAGUGGUGCGGCCUGCGUGACUUCCCCCCUCUGCCCGACGGCUACGGCGCCUCCCGCCUGUACUGCCCCUUCAACGCCUACGACCACAACUGGAUGUGGCGCGUGUACAAGGCCACCGGCACCGGCUCUAUCGCCAGCGGUGACGAGGUCUACUUGUACAUCAACAACCCCAUGCUCAAAUACUGCCGGCUCGCCUCUAACAUCGUGCAGUGCGGCUACGGAAUCGCCAACGCGACCAAGUUUGUGGUGGAGAAGGAUUCGGGCUCGGGCGCCAUUGACUUCGCGACUGACUCGGUGGUCCUGAAGGUGGCUGGCAAGUACUGCAAGCUGGCCGGCUCCAAGCACUCCCAGACGCUGAAGUGCGGCACCACCCUCAAGAGCGGCGCCACAAUCUUCCAGCUGCCGGCGGCUUCCUUCACUAACACCCAGCUCAUCAACCAGCUCUCGCUCAGCGCGUGCGGCGCCGACUUCUUUUACGAUGGCAGCGGCGAGGCGCUUGUGGGCUGCGGCACGCCGCGCGGGUUCGGCUUCACCAUCAACAACACCGUCGCCCUGGGCACUCCCGGCGCCCCCGUGGUCACGGCCGGCACCAACAUCACCUUCAAGGCGUACGACAACCUGUACUCGUACCAGGUGUCUGUGUGGAAGGUGGACAAGAACGGCAACGUGUGGUACGACGUAAACAACACGCGCGGCACCAGCCAGUGGUUUGUGCUGGAGCGCCUCACCGGCGCCGCCACCGGAGGGGAGGUCACCACCAACACCAAGGUGGCGCUCAAGUCUGCCUCCAACGGCAAGUACUGCGGCAUCCCUUCCUCCAACGUGGACGGAGACAUGAAGUGUGACCUGGCCGGACCGUUGUCCUCGCUGCCCGCCGGCUACAAGUACACCUACAUCGUGAUUGCCUAAACAGGGUGGCCAGCACAGGGCCUGUUGGGUUUUACGUUUUCAGGCACGUGCGUGUACCUAAGAAGCGGCGGCGGCCGCCGGCAAGGGCCUGGAAUGGGUUUGGGCUGGCUCCUGCCGUCGUGGCCCUUCAACUGUUGGUCCUUGGAGCUCAGGUUUGGGGGCAACCGGGCGUGCGUGCGUGUUCGCAACAAGUGGCGAGUGGCGACGGGGUGUGAUGUGAACGGUGUGUGGUGAAGAGCAAAAGGAGGCCGGACGCUUGCUUUUGUUUGGGAAAGGAAAUGGAUCAGGCUUUGCAUAUCUUGGGCGUCUUUUAUUGCUUGCGGGUGUGGUUUCAUCCACUCGCUGCGGCCGGAGGGAUGCAAAGUAUGUCGCUACCGCCCAGCAGCUGGGCACGCGAUGUGGUCCGGAGCUACUAAUUUGGGCUAGCCUGGGUGCAGGGGGGGCAGUAGGAUGUCGCCCCAGGGGGCAGGGACGGCAGUAGGAUGUCGCCCCAGGGGGCAGGGACGGCAGUAGGAUGUCGCCCCGGGGGGCAGGGACGGCAGUAGGAUGUCGCCCCAGGGGGCAGGGACGGCAGUAGGAUGUCGCCCGGAUGGACUAAGGUUUGCGCCCGCACGCACUUAAGAUGGCACCCAGAUGCAUUAUGGAUGACACUCGUGGGGAUCACUGCACACUUGCGGAUCGUUUGCGUGGCGGGCGAAUGGUUCAUGCGGACUGUUUGCGUCAUUGCGUGGCCACCACUCCGUCUUUGGAUCACUUAAUAUCUUCUACAACCACGAUGUCCGAAGUCUAUAGUCCCGUAAGUCCCGGCUGAGCUCGUUUCACCAUUUACUGGCUGGACUGCAACAUAGUAGCAAGCCUUCAGCUAAACGGAUACAUUAGGCGUUCCUGUAAGACUUUUUAUGUCACCCUGGCGGUGUGGAGGUGUUUUCGCUUGAAGGAGCCAUUGGCUCCUGGCCCUGCCCCAGCCCAACCCGUCGCCCGGGAACGAUCGCGCAAACUGCAUGUUAUGUUUAGUCCGUUUCAGUACGCAUGCAAGCCGUCUCUGGCCAUUUGUCCCAGCAGAAGUAGGUCCUCCAUGACCAUGGAGAAAUGGCUUCAGCCUUCAGGCCUAUGCAGCCCAGCCCUAUCUAGGUCCAUAGCAUGGGCAAUGAACUUAAUACAAAUGGGCGGCUCUGCGUCCGUAGCCGGGUCAGUGUGGCAUGCAUGACGCCACAUGGUGCUAACCCCACAGAACCCCACCCGACCCCACGCCGCCCCACGCCCCCGCGAGUCGACACCCGCCGGGCCACCCGUGCGUGCGUGAUCCAAUGAUCCCGUGAUGGGUUUCGCGUAUGAUAUCAUGCGAUAACAAGUGACAGUUUUUAUCGGGGAUCGCUGGGCGGUGCGGGCAAGUUGUGGGCACGAGAAUGGUUUACUUACGCAGUACUUUGACAGUAUGCUGGCGUUAACUACUGCAAUCGACUAGACGUUGUGGGAAUGAAGGAUAUCAGCACGCCGCCCGGCCAGGAUGUGGCUGCCGCCCGGCCAGGAUGUGGCUGCCGUCCGGCCAGGAUGUGGAUGUCGCCCCGGCAGGAUGUGGAUGUCGCCCCGCCAGGAUGUGGAUGUCGCCCGGCCGGGAUUGCGCCCCUGCCCCCACGGCAGCUAUAACCUAUGGCAGCCGGACCGCCGAGGGAUAGCUCGCGGCUCAGGAUGUGUGCCCAGGCCCCUGCCGCUGGAUUUGUUCCGCGAGCCUGGUCUGCAUCCCUCUGCUGCGGCGCGCGAUGUUUUUGCAUACCGUACGGUACAUAGCAGGAUGCCGGUUGUGGACUAAGUACUUCGUUCGCGAAAGCGUGCAAAAGCAGGAUGGCGUGCGUGGAUACUCGGGCUGUUGCUCAAGACUACGGCACGAUGUGGCGAUAAGUAUGUGGCGGGAUGCAAGUUAGCAGGCUGAUGGCAUUUGUGAUGGCAACUGCGCAAGUCUACGCACCGGGAGAUACAGUUCGGUGCUGUUCGCUGCAGUGUCUUCGGCACGCGUGUCAUUGUAAGUACGGUAUACC